GGACGCAUUAGGACGUUGCUCAUACACUCGCUCCAUUUGCCAGUCGCCAUUAUCGAUUUGUGGCAGAGGAAAAAUAGAGAAUUAAAAAAUCGCGUUUCAGCGUUAGGUACCGGUUAGAGAGCGCAUUAAUCGCGGCGUUAAAUUGUGAAGUGAUUGUGACUUAUAAACCACAAAAUCCUUACCGUUCGUUUUUUUCGUGAAACCCGUGUAGCAGAGUUUUCCCGUUCGAAAUAUUCUCAAUCAAUCAAUACCUUUCUGUCUCUCGCUCGCUUCAUACGUGUGUGUGUUUCUCUCUCUCUCUCUGUAUCUGCUUGUGAGUGUGUGUGUCGGUGUGGUCUGCUCCUUAGGUGCAUAAUUAAAUUAAUCAAGUAAAUAAAAGCCAGCGAGCGGGAGCAGGAACAACAACAGCUUCAUCAUGACCAUGGCAGGGCAAACGAUCAACGACAGGCUGCUGGCCGCCCGUCACAGCCUUGCGGGCCAAGGACUCGCCAAGUCCGUUUGCAAGGCCACUACGGAGGAAUGCAUUGGUCCGAAGAAGAAGCACUUGGACUAUUUGGUGCACUGCACAAACGAGCCGAAUGUGUCAAUACCUCAUCUGGCCAAUUUACUUAUCGAGCGUUCACAGAAUGCCAACUGGGUGGUCGUCUACAAGUCGCUGAUAACCACACAUCAUCUGAUGGCAUAUGGCAAUGAGCGGUUUAUGCAAUAUCUUGCCUCUAGCAAUUCGACAUUCAAUCUCAGCUCCUUUCUGGAUAAAGGAACUGUACAAGAUGGUGGCAUGGGCGUUCCUGGUGGCAGAAUGGGUUACGAUAUGUCUCCCUUUAUUCGGCGCUACGCCAAGUAUUUGAAUGAGAAAUCGCUCUCCUAUCGAGCCAUGGCCUUUGACUUUUGCAAAGUCAAACGGGGCAAAGAGGAAGGCUCGCUACGCAGCAUGAACGCGGAAAAGCUUCUAAAGACUUUGCCAGUUUUGCAGGCACAAUUGGAUGCACUUUUAGAGUUCGACUGCCAAUCCAACGACUUGUCCAAUGGCGUCAUCAAUAUGAGCUUUAUGCUCUUGUUCCGCGAUCUCAUACGAUUGUUUGCUUGCUACAAUGAUGGCAUUAUAAAUUUGCUUGAAAAAUAUUUCGACAUGAACAAGAAACAUGCCCGCGAUGCGCUGGAUCUUUAUAAGAAGUUCUUGGUGCGAAUGGAUCGUGUUGGAGAGUUCUUAAAAGUGGCUGAGAAUGUGGGCAUAGACAAGGGUGAUAUACCCGAUUUGACCAAGGCGCCCAGCUCGUUGUUAGAUGCCUUGGAGCAGCACUUGGCCACGCUUGAGGGUCGAAAAGUAUCCGCUGCUAAUACUCCUACACAGUCAUCGAGUAAUCAGCGUAAUGUAAAAUCCGCUGUAUCUGCCCUGUCUUCUACCAGCUCGGCUUUCGGUACUGCAGCUGCGUCCAGCAAAUUUGAUACCACCAACGGCAUUGACGAGCAGCUUAAGGCCCAGGUUUUGGCCGAAGAGGAGGCCGCUAUGAACCAGUACAAGUCCAAGGUGUCGUCGCCCACCAGCAGCGGUGCUACUGGCGCUAGCGCUGCACUAACAAAUCCAUUUCUAUCGUCGCCGCCAGCCGCGCAGGCUGGCCAGCCGAUAGUUGAUCUGUUCGGUGCCGCGUCUGCGCAGCCCGCUGCUGCUGCAGCAGCCACCAAGGCCUCCGACGAUCUGCUGCAGUUGGGCAAUCCUUUCGCAGACAUGUUUGAAGGCGGAGCAGCUGCUGUUGGAGCCACAGGUGCUGCACUCAAUGCCAAUAAUUUGUGGAUGCAUAAUAAUGGUUUCAAUGGAGCAUCAGUUUCCUCCGCUGCUGCUACAAAUGCAUUCGUUUCCGAUAGUAAUUUCUCAUCCGUAUUUGGUAAUACGGAACCGGCAGCUUCAACGUCGUUGCCAAAUCCAUUUUUUGAUGACAUGUCGUUGCCCCAAGUCUCACUCUCUGCUGAAUCUGUUGCUGCACCCUUUGGCAACAAUAUAAAUUUUAUGGAUCAGCAGAUGCAACCACAACAACAAGCGGCUUUAUAUGUGCAGCAGCAGCAACAGCAGCUGCAACUACAGCAGCAGCUGCAACACUGGCCGCAACAGCAAGCGAUAUUGCCACCUUCCAUGUCAGCAGCUCAGUUUCCACCAGGCUUCGAUGCCUUGGGCGAUGUCCUCAAGCCGGCCUCAGCCAGCAACAACAGCAAUCAAAUGAACGUUGUCGCCGCAGGUUACUCCAGCAAUAGCAGUUCGAUCCUAACGUUACAACAGCAGCAGCACCAGCAGCAACACCAGCAGCAAUACCAGCAGCAACACCAGCAGCAACAGCAGCAGCCACCAGCUGGCACUGGAAAGAUAAUUACCGGCGACUUGGAUAGUUCACUAAUGUCACUCGUUGAUAACUUAAAUAUUAACAAAACGGCAAGUGCAAAACCCGUGCAAUGGAAUUCACCUAAAAAUACAGCGAAACCAGGUGCUAAUUGGACACCCCAACCAAUGGCGGCUACUACUGGUGCUGGCUACCGUCCAAUGGCACAUGGCAUGACCGUAAGUCCUGCGCCAAUCACAAUCAAUCAUCCGUAUAUACAUGCUAGUUAUCCUGUAAUGCCAAAUUAUAUGCAGGGAAUGACGGUGAUGGGACAGCCAAGUAUGAUGGGGCAGGCAGCAGCCCCUUUGACUGGGGUGCAACCGACGAUGAUGGCGGCGCCGCACAGUAAUGCAACAGGCAUCAUGCAACCCAUCCAGCCAACGCAGAAUGGCAGCAAUAAAGGCGUCCCACUCGACCCAUUUGGUGCGUUAUAAGCGGUCCCUAAGGAGCUCAUACGUGCAACCCACUCACUCACUCAGUCUGAGCGCCCCAACCUCAUAGACGGCAUAUAUCCAACCACACUCACAGACACAAACGCGUAAUGAAAUAUUAAAUAAACCCAUAAUUAUAUAUUAUAUAAACGUGCAAGUGAAAAUCAAGAUCUUAAAAUUGCAGUAUGUAUCCUGUUUACCCAAUGAAACAGAAAAAAUAUAUAAAGUUUAUGGAAAAAGCAGCAACAAUUUCAAACACAAAUGAGACGGAAGCAGAUAAGAAAAUAUAUUAUAAUGUUGAACAUUGAGAAAACACGAAAAAUGCUAUAUACAUACAUAUAUAUAUAUAUAUAUUUAUAUUAUUACUAUUUAAAUGAAAGCAAAUAAGUUUGACUAUUUAUAUGUAUACACCAAUUUAUAUACUAUGCUUAAACGAAUGAAGAGAAAGCAAAAGCUAAAACGAAACAAUUUCCCACAAAAGCUAACGGAAAGUAACCUAUGUGAAAUAUACCUAUUAACUUAAAAAUAAGUCUUUACGAAACCUGUAGUUGUGUCCUACGCCAAUCAUUAAACACACGUUGAAUUAUCUAGUGCAACUACGUUAACUGUCUCAAAACAAAAUUAAGAUCGUAUUUUCAAACGCAAUCGAAGUGCUUGCGCAGCCUAACGUAAUAAUUUGCAAUAUUUUAAUCCGUCUGUCAAUGCUUUCCUGUUAUUUUUAGUCAUUUCUUGUGACUAAAUAUGUACCUAUUAUACUUUUUAAAGUUUUGUUAAGCAAUUUAUGAUUUAUUAAACGGCAAAUAUAUGUAAAUGCAUUCCAAACUAGCUUCAAUUUUGUCCAAAUUUAAUUUGCGAAGGAGAAAACAUAUGUAAUUAUUAAGUAUUAUUUAUAAAAAAAAUACAAGCAACGCUUAUGUAAAAUGUGUUGUUAAUAUGUUUAAAUUCUAGAAAACCACAACGUUUAUUUAAUAUGUGUUAUACUUUAGUACGUACGUUGUGUUAGAAAUUUAUUUAAUUGCUUCUAGUACUCGAUAGAAAACUGACAUCAUAUACGUACAUAGUUCAUUUCAAGAAUGUGUAUAUAAAGCAUAAGACGUGAAUGUAGAACUUUUCCUGCUACGCGACAAGCUGAGCUAUGUUUAAAUAAAAUUUAUAUAAAUUAUAUGAAAUAUUAAUUUAAUAAUAA